AUGGCGCAGCAAGAUCAAGACGUCAUCAUGUACUACCGCAAUGGCCUCCUCCUGGCCGCCGCACUGCUAGUCCCUCUCCUCCUCCUCGUGAGGCUCAGGCGGCCGCGCGGGGAGAACCUUCCCCCGGGGCCAUGGCGGCUGCCGGUCAUCGGCAGCCUGCACCACCUGGUCGGCAGGCUGCCGCACCGCUUCAUGCGCGACCUCGCCCGCCGGUACGACGCCCCGCUCAUACUGCUCCGCCUGGGGGAGCUCGACGUCGUCGUGGCCUCCUCCGCCGACGCGGCGAGGGAGGUCCUCAAGACCCAGGACGCGGUCUUCGCCACCCGCAUGCAGACCCCCACCAUCCGCGCGCUCACGGUGGACGGCGCCGGCAUCGCCCUGGCGCCGCACGGAGAGCACUGGCGGCAGGCCCGCAAGCUCGGCGUCACCGAGCUCCUCGGCGCACGGCCGGUCCAGUCCCUCCGCGGGUCCCGCGAGGCCGGCGUUGCCGCCCUCGUCGCCUCCAUCGCCUCGGCGUCGGCGGCGUCAGGGCCUGUGAACGUCAGCUCCCUCCUUUCCACCUACAUCAUCGACGUGGCGGUGCGCGCCCUGGUGGGCGACCGGAUCGGGGGCGACCUCCGCGGCGAAUUCCUGGAGCGCCUCGGCGAGGGCGUCAGGCUGGCCACCGGAUUCGGCCUCGCCGACCUGUUCCCGUCGUCGCGCCUCGUGCGUGCCUUCAGUGGCUCGCUAGGCCGGCUGGAGGCGCUAGGCCGCGAGACGAGCCGGGUCAUGGACCGCAUCAUCGACAAGCACCAGCACGCCGGCGACGAGGAAAAAGACUUCGUCGACGUGAUGCUCAGGAUCCAGAAGAAUGACGGCAGCCUCCGUGCUGGAACCAUCCGUGCCAUGAUCACCGACCUGUUCGGGGCAGCGAGCGACACCUCGGCGACGACGCUCGAGUGGGCGAUGGCCGAGCUCAUGGGGAGCCCGGCGGCGCUUCGGAGGGCGCAGGCGGAGGUGCGAUCCGCCCUGGCCGGGGAGAGCCGCGUCCGAGAGGAGGCCCUGCCGGACCUGCACUACCUGCGUCUCGUGCUCAAGGAGACGCUCCGGCUGCACCCGGCGGCGCCGCUGCUGCUCCCGCGGGAGUGCCCCGAGUCCCGACAUGUCCUCGGCUACACCGUGCCCAAGGGCGCCAUGGUGCUCGUCAACGCGUGGGCCAUCGGCCGGGACGCGGCGACCUGGGGCGCCGACGCCGAGGAGUUCAGGCCGGAGAGGUUCGAAGAGGAGGCGGCGCUGGACUUCAAGGGAACCAACUUCAAGUUCGUGCCGUUCGGCGCCGGCCGGAGGAUGUGCCCUGGGAUCGCCUUUGGCCUUGCGGUCGUGGAGCUCGCACUGGCCAGCUUCCUCUUCCAUUUCGACUGGGAGCUCCCCGCCGGUGGGCUGCACAUGGAGGAGCAGCUCGGGGUCACGGCCAGGAGGAAGGGCGACCUCUGGCUGCAUGCCACAGUUCGGGUGCCUGUGCCUGCACUUGCUCUAUAGACAUCAGCAGGUUAUUACUGAAUUGUCGUGCUUCGGCCGUGGAAAAUUAGUCACCAAGGAAAUAAGUUGGUUAUAUUCCACAAUUGUGUGCCUGCUCCUGGCCCAUAGAUAUUCCAUCGUGUAUUUGUCUUGUACUUGUACUUGUCAUUUUAU